AUGGACGCCGAUAUAUCAGACAUUCUCGCCUCUGUGUCAAGUCGUACAGUAAUACCUCCAAAGACUCUAGAUCUCCAAUCUCUCACCCGAGCCUGGAUCAAUGAACGCACAUCUCCCGAACUCCUCCCCUACCCCAACGACCUCAUCACCCGCUUCUCCACCAGCAUAUCCUCACAAAUCGCAAAGAUUGAAGAUCUCACCAGUGCACAAGACCCAGCCUCGAACUUCACAUUAGUGAUUCUCCAAACCGAACUCGAGCGCAUGAAAUUCCUCUUACGGAGCUACCUGCGAACACGAAUCGCAAAAGUCGAUAAAUAUCCCAUACAUUACAUGCAACUCCAAACCGGGCAACAAGAGGAAUCACCAAACGACAGAGAUCCUGUUCUGAGCACGCUGGAAUCUCAGUACCUCUCAGCGCAUCAAGCUCUGUUGACGAAUCACUACAAAAGCUCAUUUCUCAAGCAAUUUCCUGCAAAUCUUCAGAAAUUGGAUGAUACGGGUGGUGGGGUUAGUAUGAUUGACAAACCUGACGACGAUACUGCAGUCUUCUGUCGAGUUUUGAGGGAUUGCUUUGUGGAGCGACCGGUUUAUGGUGGGAUUGAUAUGGUGAGGGGAGACAUUUGGGUCUUGAGAUGGAGUACGAUUCGGGAGAAGGUCAAAAUCGGGGAUGUGGAGUUGAUAUGA